AUGGCGGAUCCUUGCUCUGACCCCGCCCACGGCUGGCAAUCGCAGCCUCGACGAAGUUCCUGCUGGGGUCGACGCCGCCCACCCCCGCCGGAGCCGCGGCCGCCCACCCCUGCCAAAGGGCUCAGAUGCGAGGAAGAAAAGGUUGCUGCUCGCAAGACAGCGCCAAUGACUGGAGGAGUGAAGAAGCCUCGCCGUUACCGCCCUGGAACCGUAGCUCUUCGUGAAAUUCGCAAGUAUCAGAAGGGCACCGAGCUGCUCAUCAGGAAGAUGCCCUUCCAGAGGGUCGUCAGGGAGAUUGCCCAGCUUCACAAGAGUGACCUGCGUUUCCAGAGCCAUGCGAUCCUUGCUCUGCAGGAGGCGGCAGAGGCGUAUCUCGUGGGUCUCUUCGAGGACACCAACCUGUGUGCCAUCCAUGCCAAGCGGGUCACCAUCAUGCCCAAAGAUGUUCAUCUGGCUACCAGGAUCCGUGGCGAGAGGCACUAA